AUGAUGAGGCAAGCAAGUAAGAUGAUUCUGGGUCAAGGACUGCCAUCCCUUCCUACGCGGACGCGGGCGGUGGUCGUGGGAGCAGGUAAGCCGCGGAUGUACCACGAGAGGGUUGUGGAUCACUACAGCAAUCCGAGGAACGUCGGGUCCUUCGACAAGAAAGAUCCGAAUGUUGGUACGGGUCUGGUGGGCGCCCCGGCCUGCGGUGACGUCAUGAAGCUUCAGAUCAGAGUCGAUGAUGAGAGCGGAAAAAUUGUUGAUGCUUGCUUCAAGACGUUUGGCUGCGGUUCUGCAAUUGCCUCCUCCUCUGUUGUUACUGAAUGGGUGAAAGGAAAACAAAUGGAGGAAGUCCUGUCCAUUAAGAAUACGGAAAUUGCAAAGCAUCUUUCACUUCCACCAGUGAAACUGCACUGCAGCAUGCUUGCUGAAGAUGCAAUAAAGGCUGCUGUGAAAGAUUAUGAGACAAAGCGUGCAAAAUCAAAUUCCAUCGAAGAGGCUGCACCUGUGAAGAAAGCUGCUGAUGCUUGA